UGACGUCAUGCUCGUAGUACGCAGGCGCCGUGCUGGGUGCUUGUGUCGCGGGAGAGACUGAGAAGAUGGCGGCGGCUGUAGAGAAGAUCAUUGGUGAGCAGUAUUACAGAGAUGCCAUGGAACAAUGCCACAAUUACAAUGCACGUUUGUGUGCAGAGCGUAGUGUUCGAAUGCCUUUCUUGGAUUCUCAAACUGGGGUGGCUCAGAGUAACUGUUACAUAUGGAUGGAGAAAAGGCACAGAGGUCCAGGUACAGCUCCUGGGCAACUUUAUACUUAUCCAUCUCGGCGUUGGCGGAAGAGGCGGAGGGCACACCCUCCUGAGGACCCACGGCUUACUUUCCCAUCUUUGAAACCAGCUGACUCAGAGCAGAUUCUGAAGAAAGAAGGUCUGAUUCCACAAGAUGGCAGUAGCCUAGAAGCUCUUCUGCGAGCAGAGCCCAUUGAGAAGCGAAUUGUCCCUGAUCCUCGUGAUGAUGACAGUCUUUCAGAGUUCCCUUCUGUUGUUGGUCGACCACGGAAGCGAAUUCUGGAUCCUGAUGAUUUUUUGGAUGACCUAGAUGAUGAAGAUUAUGAAGAAGAUACUCCGAAAAGACGCGGGAAGGGUAAAGCCAAAGUAAGGGUCACCAGCAUUGGAAAAGGUUUAAGUGGUGCCAGGAAGAAGCUGGAUGCAGCUGCAAUGGAUGACAGGGACAAGCCCUAUGCCUGUGACAACAGUUACAAACUAAAGCAAACUUCGAAAUUCUCCGAAAGAGUCUGUGGAAAGCGAUACAAGAACCGGCCUGGAUUGAGCUAUCACUAUGCACACUCUCAUUUGGUUGAUGAAGAGGGUGCAGGAGCAGAUGACAAGGAAGAUUCUCAGCCACCUACCCCUAUCAUGCAUAGAUCUGAGGAGCAGAAAUCAAAGAAGGGUCCAGAUGGUCUAGCGUUACCCAACAAUUACUGUGACUUUUGCCUCGGAGACUCAAAGAUCAACAAGAAAACAAGCCAUCCAGAAGAGCUGGUGUCUUGCUCAGACUGCGGUCGCUCUGGACAUCCUUCCUGUUUGCAGUUUACUCCAGUGAUGAUGGCUGCUGUGAAGACUUACCGCUGGCAGUGCAUUGAGUGUAAAUGUUGCAACAUCUGUGGGACAUCUGAGAAUGAUGAUCAGUUGCUAUUCUGUGAUGAUUGUGACCGUGGAUACCAUAUGUACUGCCUCUCUCCACCAAUGGCUGAGCCUCCUGAGGGAAGUUGGAGUUGUCAUUUGUGUCUCGAUCUGCUUAAGGACAAGGCUUCUAUUUACCAGAACCAAAAUUCCUGACAGAUCCAUAAACAUCAACGCAAGGCGCAGGCUGCAAAGAAGACCCCAUGGAAUUGAUUACUUAACACCUUAUGGCAGAGGGUUUUCUUUCCCUUAUUUCUAUAUCCCAUAUGCUAUGAGUGUGAUCGUACACGCAUACGUAUGAACAAUGUGUUAUAUGGCAGUUCUUAUUCAUUAAAAACAUGUAAAGAUUUAGUAUCUUAAUUACUUUUAAUAUCACAUUGUCUUAUUGAUGGACCUUUUUGAUCUGUGAGACUCCUGCAUGGCAGAAGUUCUAUUUAAAUAUUUUUAGCAGGGGCCAUAAAGACUGCUAAGCUCUUGGAAGUUUAUCUGGGCCUUGUGUUUAGGGAUACUCUCCUGUCUUUGUUCUGUUCUUUUAUCUCAAAUGCCAGUGAAAAAGUGUUCAACACCGAAGAGAAGAUAAAAUGUUGUAUUGUCUUUUGUUAAUUCUAUUUAGUAUUCACCGUAAAGGUUCUUCAGUAUUGCUGUCACUACCUCCAUAACAUUCAGUAAACCUUCUGUGCCUUUCACUUUCUUCAGGUAGUGUAAGGAGAUUGCCUUUUGAUAAGGCCCUUACAGUAGCUUAGAGAUCUCCUUUUCAGUUAUAGUGUUAAUGACAGAUGCAAAAGCUUGGCACAUAAUAUCCAGACACUAAUCAUAGAAUAGUCCCACAAAACAACAAAUGAUCAUGGUAACUAGCAUUGCUUAUAUCCCCCACUAUGUCAUUCUACCAUUUUUCUUUCCUUCUCAGGGUAAACUGUUUUUUUGUAUAGCAUGAGAAAAUAUCUGUGUAGUUUUUUUGCUGCAGGUUGAUCAAUAAUAUUAAAGCUGUUGGCCUCCUCCCAAAGACUUCCCUUCACAGUACCAACUUGCUGCUUCUCUGGGGUCUGGAAAAUGCAGAUUUUAGUUUUUAAUCAUAUCUGCAUUGGAAGAUGUCACAAUAUAAUUUUUCUAA